AGUCCCAAUCCAGUCCCUUUCCUCCGUUCUUCCCCAAAUCGAAAGCCCAUAGGCCUCGAAUCCCUAAUCCAGAAAUCUCAAAUUCCACUCAGCACUAACUCUGAACAAAUAUGGAGCAACACGACGAUCAAGAGCAAGAGCACGAGGUGUAUGGAGGAGAGAUCCCGGACGAGGGAGAAAUGGACACUGAUGCGGAUAUGUACGCCGGAGGUGAAGACGAGGAAGGCCAAGAGAUCGAUCCUAACACCAGCUCCAAGGACUUGGAGGACAUGAAAAGGAGACUCAAGGAGAUCGAAGAAGAGGCCAGCGCUCUACGUGAAAUGCAAGCCAAAGUCGAAAAGGAGAUGGGAGCUGUCCAAGAUCCAGCUGGUGCUUCUGCCUCUCAGGCUGAAAAGGAGGAAAUUGAUUCCCGGUCGAUCUAUGUUGGUAAUGUAGACUAUGCAUGCACUCCUGAGGAAGUCCAGCAGCAUUUUCAAUCCUGUGGGACAGUAAACCGAGUGACAAUUUUGACCGACAAGUUUGGCCAACCAAAAGGAUUUGCUUAUGUUGAAUUUGUAGAAAUUGAUGCUGUCCAGAAUGCUCUUUUGUUGAAUGAGUCAGAGUUGCAUGGUCGUCAAUUAAAGGUCUCUGCCAAGCGGACAAAUAUUCCUGGAAUGAAACAGUUUCGAGGAAGACGACCCAACCCAUUUUUUCGAUCACGAAGGCCUUUCAUGCCUGGUCCUGUCUUCUUUCCUCCAUAUGGUUAUGGGAGGGUUCCAAGGUUCAGGCGGCCAAUGCGGUAUAGACCAUACUAGAAUGGUACUUGCUUUGAUGGAAGCUGCAAUUGUCAGACAGCCAUUACUUGAUGAUGGUCUUAUCAUUAUUUCUGUAUUCUAAGGGGAGGCAAAAGCUGUACCAACAUUUGUAUGCCAAAGAGCUAGCUUAGAUAUUUCUUGACUGCUUGGCUAGAUCCGCUAUUCCACAUCCAUUUAAUCGUGCAAUUGCCUUGCAACAAGUGUUUUAGUGAUGUAGUUGUUGAAUUUUCAGGCCGUAUAUUGAUGGUUUAAGCUUCUCUGGAUUAGAACCAAAAAAUGUUUCUUCCAAUGGACGAAGGUCAAAUGUUAGAACACAUAAUCACUAGAAUGAUGCUCUCAAUUUUUGUAGAGAUGGUUUCAUUGGUUUGCUUCAUAGUUAUUUGUUAAUCUAUUUUUCAUAAUAAUAAUGAUAAUAAUAA